AUGGGGGAGUCAAUUCCUACACGUCCCAAAAAGUUCAAUACUGAGCUGACGGAUUACUCUCUGCCUCGCCACCAGCAAGAUGGUCCGUAUGCUGACAAUCUGGAGAUUGACGCCAUAAUUAUUGGUGCCGGUUUUGCUGGCAUCUUUAUGCUCAAGACUCUCCGGGAUCGCGGAUACAAAUCUGUCAUUUUUGAGGCGGGGAGCGACCUUGGAGGAACGUGGAGAUGGAAUUCGUAUCCCGGAGCGGGCGUAGAUUCCGAGGUCCCAGAGUAUGAAUUUUCUUGGCCCGAGGUUUGGAAAACGUGGAACUGGCCAUCCAACUACCCCGACUACCGGGAUCUACGGGCGUAUUUCGAUCACGUCGACAAAACUAUCGGCGUAAAGAAGGACUGUUCGUUCAACACGGUGGUUGUUGGCGCCAGUUUCGACACGGCAGCCGGAAAGUGGAGUGUUCGAACAGAAGAUGGGCGAACCGCAAAGGCCAAGUUUUUGGUUUUGGGCACUGGAUUCGCUGCGAGGCGUUAUAUUCCCGACUGGCCGGGCAUGGACAAGUUCAAGGGCGUCAUCCACCACACGUCCUUCUGGCCCGAGGAAAACGUAGACGUGAAGAACAAGCGAUGUGCCGUCAUUGGCACCGGCGCCUCUGGCGUUCAAGUUGUUCAGGCGUGGGGGCCGGUUGCGGGCGAGGUCAAGGUCUUCCAGCGCACCCCGAACCUGGCGCUGCCCAUGCGCCGCAGGAAAAUGACACCCGAAGAGCAAGAGCGAAAGCGAGCAUUGUACCCCGAGCUCUUUACUCUCCGGGAGACCAGCUUCUCCGGCUUCUACUUCGAUUGGUACGAGAAGAAUACAUUCGACGACACUCCCGAGGGUCGCGAGGCAGUGUAUGAAAAGGCAUGGCGAGACGGGGGGUUCAAAUUUUGGCUUGGCAUCUACAAGGACAACUUGUUUGACGGCGAGGCCAAUAAAGAAUCGUACAAGUUUUGGGCAAAAAAGGUCCGGGCUCGCAUUGACGACGCGCGCAAGAGGGACCUGCUCGCGCCAGAGACGAUGCCCCAUUACUUUGGCAUCAAGCGUCCUUGCCUUGAAAACGAUUACUACGAGCAAUUCAACCGGUCUAGCGUCGAUGUCGUUGACAUUAGUAAUAACGCCAUCAAGGAAUUCACCGAGACCGGCAUCACCCUCGACGAUGGCACGCACCACGAGUUUGAUGUGAUUGCCGUUGCCACAGGAUUUGAUAUUGUAUCCGGAGCAAUGACGCAACUUGGCCUGCAGAGCAUCAAUGGCACCAAUCUACAGCAGGAAUGGUCCUCCGGGAUAAGCACGUACCUGGGCAUCAGUGUCAGCGGCUACCCCAACAUGUUCCACCUCUACGGGCCUCACGGGCCGACUCUUCUCAGCAACGGCCCGACGACGGCCGAGGUUCAGGGCCGCUGGAUCGCCGACAUGCUCGACAAGAUACAGCGACAGGACAUCAAGUACGUGAACCCGAGACGCGAAGCGGCCCGGGAAUGGACAAGGCACGUCGUGGAGCUGAACGACAAGACGCUGAUUCCGACGACCAAAUCGACAUACAUGGGAGGCAACGUCCCUGGCAAGGUGUACGAGCCCAUGUGCUACGCUGCCGGGGUCGCGAGCUACAGGGCCGAAAUCAGGGCUGCGCUGGAUUCUAUGCAGGGCUUUGAGGUUGUAAGCAAUAGGAUUGCGGUGAAUCCCAGACUGUAG